CGUCUUUUCACUCUCGCCCUGCUGGUCACACACACCUGAUGCAGGCCUGAUGCCUGGUUUUCAUUCCCUAAUUGUUGUCUGUCUCUCUCCCUUUAUCUGCCUCGUCCUGAGCCCCCUUCACAGCUUUCUCCGCGCUGGUCUGCUCUUGUCCUGCCGUCGCCCUCUUCCCUCUUUCCUCCUCCUUGGCCGUUUGGAUGCCUUUUGUCUUCACCUUGUCGCACCUCUUGGUGGUUCCAGUUGUACCCAGUACUCGUCCUGAUCUAUCCACUCUUGCCAGCUGUCAGAGUGACUGCUUUUUCCGCACGCGCUACCUCCCUUCAUGCACUACCAUUUCCCUCUUGUCGUGAAUUACAUGUCGGUAGCCCUUCCACGCUCUCUUAUAUCUCUUCUCUUCCCUCUAUCUUGUUUUUCCCUCUCUUCCUAUUCUUCUCUUUAUUAUUCCUGUCUCUUCACCGACCUCUUUGUUCUGCCGACUUGUCGCUUGGUGGUCUCUUCAAUUUCGACGUUCCUUACUCCGCUUCACCACUUUUCCAUGAUCGCGACGGUCAGUGUCAGGCGCCAGCUAAUAAUUUCCAAUACUUAUCCGACGUCUACCACAACCUGAGGUCUUGAAGAGUCACUCCGCACAUUCACCUCAUUUCCAUCCCCUCGUCUUCAUCUCUUGUUAUACCACCGCGUCAUCAACCUCUUUUCUCUUUCACAACAUUACCCGCCACCAUCUUCACAGAACGUUGCGACAAGUUUUUCUACAAGUUUUUUUUCUCAACACUGUCAUUCCUUUAGCCUUCUGACUGCUGCCCAAUCCUUGAUGAUCUUCACGAUUUUCGCAAUAGUCCAUCGGUAGACCUGUUGGCUCAAAUCAGCAAGCCCAGCGCCGACAUGGAGACUCUAGAAGUGAGAAGUUCAUCCAACGAAUUGUCCAGUGCACCACCCAGCGAUGCAGAAAGCACACCAGGCCCUCUGAGCUAUCUCACAGCUCGUCGCGACACACUACCACCCAGCAAUUUAGGCAUGCGCGACUCUGUUACCUCAUCAGCCACACCUGCAGGCCAAGCCACAAAGCCUACGCCACAGCCUGCUUCUCAGGCCGAGGUCAAACCAAAAGCAACUCGCAGAAAGAAAGAUCCUAAUGCUCCAAAGCCUGAGAAAAAGGAAAAGGCCCCAAAGAAGCCCCGUGUCGCUGCCCCCUCUCGCAAGAAGCAAAAGCUUGAGCCGGCAAUCAUACGCGACACCAUCGACAUCGCUCCUGCAUACAAUCCGAACCUCCAGUCAUCCACCUUGAAUCAACCAUUUUCGUACUCUCCUCCAGCAGCGGCACAUCACUCACAACCACAAAACAGUGCAUACAAUGUACGUCCUUCGGGCCCUGACUCAACUAUGUAUCCUCAACAAGCUCCGCCACCGAGAUAUGAUCAAACACCGCCUGUGCCUCCACCCGCUCCUGCUCCGGCACCGGCACCGCGGUCCAUGUAUGAUCCUAUUCGGUCGAUGACUAUCUCACGACUUGUAGAUCCCGUCCCACCUGCCCCGAUCCCCCAAACAAGCCAGACUACACCUCCUCGGCCUACAUACAAUCCAAGCACAUCGCCCGCCAUCUCAGGCAUCAUUGAUCAUCCCGCCAUACCAGCAAGGCCGGCAUCAUCAGCUCCGCAAAUCGCUCCGCCCAGCGCACCCUCCCCAUACGAUCAGACUAAUGGCAAGGCAGCGGCCACUUCUCCCCGUGUCAAUGGAAGCCCAGCAGUCACCAAAACCGAAACAAUAGAUUUGGAUCCCGUGGUCAAGAAGUCUGCUCCCGCGAAGAAACCCCCGUCCGAAGCACCAACACGCGUCACAUCACCCAAACCCGCAAGAGCCAAAGAACAGCCACUACCGCCUCUACCGGGCUCUGGUCUCCUAUCUGCCAGCCUUUUCGGGGGAGAUUCUGGCGCUGAUGCCAACCAAAAGGAUGCCAAAGGCCCCAACAUUGUUCUCCACAUUGACCUCAAAGACCCUAAGAACCAAAUCAUCAACUUUGCUCGACUGGCUGAAGAGAAGUAUGGUUUUGCUGCUCUCUAUCCUCGCCAAGCUGCUCAGAGGGAGCGCCUGGCCAAAGUUGCAGCGGCUGGGGCAGCCCUGGAGCGGUCGGCAUCAGGUAGCAAGGCUGGAGGCACUUCUGCUGGAGAGAGCGGUGAUGAGGACCUUAGUGUUGAUAUCGAUCGUGACUCAGACAACGACGGUGAUGUGGCCAUGUCCGGAGUCAAUGGUCACGAUGCGAUGAACAGUGGCACUGACGCUCCCGAGCCAAAGAAAAAACGUAAGAGAAAGGUGGAAGAGUAUGACCAGGAUGAUCCGUUUGUUGAUGAUAGCGAACUACUCUGGGAGGCGCAGGCUGCAGCUAGCAAGGAUGGUUUUUUUGUCUACUGUGGCCCGCUUGUCCCGGAGGGCGAGAAGCCUGCUGUCGAGAGAGCUGAUGGAACCAUCAAACGUGGCCGAGGUCGUGGUAGAGGUGGUGGACCCGGUUCACGAGGAGGAAGAGCGGGAGCUGCUUCUGAUCGAGCUGCCGGACGGGGCGGUGGACCGGGAUCUAGAGGCGGUGGAAUCACACGCAAACCUCGCAUCACCAAAGCUGAACGUGCUCAGAUGGAGUCAGAAAAGCAUCAGCGAGAGAAGAUUGCGCCGCUCGUGGCGAAACCUCCAGCGUAUCCUGGCUGAUUGUGCAAUUGCAGCGAGAUUUGUUUCAGGAUCUGUAUCAUUGGCGGCGCAUCCCAUUACGGAAUUAAUGUAUGUUGUCUACGGCGGACAAGGGCAGAAUUAGUGAGGCGUCCUGGCAAGGCUUGUGUCGACUGGGAACUGCGAUUUCUAUUACUCGAAUUGAAAAAUUCAUUCGUGCUUCAUGAGUGGAAUGUAACGGCAGUCAGCAUGAGAAACCGAUACCCCAAAGGCGUCUUGUAUGUAGAAUUAUGCAGAAGGCUUUCCAAUCAAUGAUCAUGGACCUUCUUG